UUCGAAUUGGAGGGAAAACCGUUCGCUUGGCCAUCACAUUCUCAUUAAAAUCGUCAUAAGUACCCAAGCGAUUAAAGUGCCAGUACAUGAAGUGACGCUUUUCGGUGAAAAUAGUGAUUUUAAUGGAAUAAGCAAUUAAAAGUGUAAUUAGUAGUAUCAAUCCAUUGUAUCCAAAUCAAAAUGUCCCAACCAACAGUGGCAGCAUAUUUCAACGCACGAAAACGUGCAGCAGCGGACGAAAUCGGCAUUACUAAUAAAAAUAAGGUACUGGUCCUGGAACGCACACCAUUUGAAUCCGAUCCGGAACUGUUAGCGGCUCCGAACCGAGUUGUUUUUUCCAAUACUAAGAAUUUUCUUCUCAAGAAUGCUGCUGUUAGUUCGGAGUUGGAAUCAAAUGGCGGAGAUUCAUCGGAAUCGAAACGGAUUACACGGGCUACCAGGUCCUUACGACGAAUUGGAGCUGUAACGGUCAAUGAAAAAACUAGAGAGAUGCUUGAUCAGCCAAAAUUGGUAAACUUCUUUAAAAAGGGAUCUUUGUCUCCUCGAAAAAAGGCAACAAAUACAAAACACGAAAGCCCAAUGAAAGCAGGGCUACCGUCGAAAGUUGCCGCUACUUCGACAGUUUCGGAAUUUUCAACUAAAAAUGCUAAUAAUGUAGAAAGAGGAAUUAGAACACCAACGAAAUCUGCUUCUGGGCGUGUCUCAAUUGCAGAUAUAGGAAAUAUGAGUGUUCAGGAUGCCAAAAAUAAGCUAAGUCGCAGCGCUCGCUUGACGGAGCUCAAGACUUCUCUGAAUAAGAUGCGCAGCGGAUUGGACAAACUGGAUAGAUUAAAGAACGAACGGUCGGAAACAAAAAAGCCGGUCGUUCCACCAAGUCCAACGACAGCAGCUCGCAACUUGAAAGAGUUUCAGACACUAGAAGUAGAGGUUCCUAUGAGUCCCCAGAAACUUUUCACGUCUCCGACAAAAACUUUACAUCGUACCCCGACUAAGGCUAGCCAUAACUCGUUAAUGUCGCCGACGAAAAACGUUACACCGAAGCGACUAUCCACUUUAAUGAGCCCAAUUAAGGAACCAUUACCUACGCCGGUUAUGGCAAGUCCCACCAAGCUACCUGCCUAUCAGCGUUUUCAACAUCUGACUGAAACCGGACGUCCUACUCUUCAACUCCCCUACAAAUAUCGUUGUCUUGCAGAGCUGUUCAAAUGCAUCGAUACCGUAUGUGCCAUGUUUUACAAUCGAAAAGAACAAAUCACCUUCAAAAAACUGAAACCAGCUGUACAAAGAAUGGCUAGAAAGAAUCUGUACGAAAGUCAUCUGGCUCAAAUAAAAUCUCUGUUUCCUGACGCCUUUGAGCUUAGUUUGGAACUAACAAAAAAUUAUGGUUCAGCAACCAAACACGAAACCUAUCAACUUGUCAUCAAACCCAAUGUUAAAGAAAAAGUUGGCCCUGCAAACAUAUCUGACGAGGACUCCAACGUCAUUCGGAGCGCUCAGAAUCAAUCCAUGAAUCCCCAGGUGAUGAUCGAACGUCACCAGAAGUUCAACCGUCUACUCUUGCAGAAAGCAAUGGAUGUCCAUGAGAAGUUUCUGCUCGAUUUGGAUCCUCCGAUGAGGAUUCCACGCCAGAAACUAACAUGUUGGCAUCCGGAUUUCAAUUUGGAAAGUUGUCCAGACAUCGACCAAGCUGAACUUCCUCAACCACCCAACGUGGAACGUUUUUCGUCGGCGAAAGAUGUACUUUCGGCUGCUCGCAACCUUUUCAACUGCAAUACAGCGAUGGAACGUGCCCUCGAGCGUUUGGAGGAAAAGAAACGUCAAACUGCCAGUACAACGCCUGUAGUUCCUAAAACAAAUGUUGCGCCACCACUCGAGACUGAAAAAGUAAAAACCGAACAUCCCUAUCACGUCGGUUUAAAAAACGUUCCGAAAUCACUGCUGGAAAAAAUUCGCGCUAAACAAGCGGCCAAAGCGUUAGAUCAAAUGACACGACGACCUUCGAUCGAACAGGAAGCCAUCAAGUACGGUCGUCUGCCGGAGAUAGCAAGACACCUGCGAAAUGUGUUUGUCACGGAACGCAAAAGUGUACUGCCGCUGGAGAUCGUUUUGGUUAAGAUAGAAAAUAGCUACCGAGGCAGAUUGACUGUGAAAGAGCUGGAGGAGCAUCUGGUGAUGAUUGCUAAGAUUGCCUCCUUCUGGCUUACACUGACCGAGGUUCGGAAGACUAUGUAUGCCAAAAUUGUCAAGGACUACGAUAUGACCAAAGUCAUCGAACCACUGGAGAAAAAGGCAAACGAAUUACUAAACGGUUAAUCGGCGGAUAGUGUUUUAUUACAUUUAUGAGACUAUUUUUAAUUAUUCCUUAUUUUGUUUAGUGUUUAGUUUUCUGCGCAUGAAAACAUGUUUACAAAUAUUCUACUGCUAUUCUAUUACUAUCACCAGUUGAUUGUUAGUUUUUCUUUUGAUUGCUUAUUUUACCGCAAAAUAGAUACUGUGACAGUUUAUA